AUGGUUGAAAAAAUUCACCGCCAUCUUAGGACUCGCCCAAAUCUCCAAGACCGCCACGCAUAUUGGUCGGAUAGAGUAAUUCUAACCAAAUUCGGUAGAACACCUGUGAACUUCCGCCAAAUUCUCAAUGCAUCGAACGUCAUCCGCCUCAACAUCCUUUUGGAGAUAUUGUUAGGGAAAAGGCCGAAUUAUCGUUCACAAUCAACGAAUUCGUGCCUAUCCGAUGUACUAGGCAUAGCCGAGUCGGCUUUCGACGGUGCAAAUGGACGUCUUCUGGAGGAAUUCGGAACAAUGAUGAUAUUACCCAGAACGAAUGCAAAUAGAUGGUUUUGUUAUUGUCGUCUUUGCCCAGUGGGUACGACUCUCCUAAACCACGUCUAUAAUCGCACCAAUCAGUUGCCUGAGGAUAUGACCCUCCCGGUCAUCCGUAUUGGAAUGGGAAAUGAAGUGCGCUAUCUGAUGAUAGAGCAAAUUUGGGUUCAAGUUCCUCUCCACCUUUUCUAUGAAAAGGAGGAAGACUACCCGGCUCCUCGCCAGCCACGCUUCCACCCCCGAAGUUUAUGGUCGUGUUCAAGUUCGGACGAAACGGACGACGAUUACAGUGAAGGAACCGAAUCAAGUAAUUAA